CGACAGGCGAGGUGAAAAUUGCCACAGAAAUUGAAUACGCGGCACCUUUUGUGAUGAUGGUGGGCUGGCAUGGAGUGGGGAGGGGGGUGGAUUGAAAAAAAAGAGACAGAAAUGUUUGCAGGAUCUCUGCAGUCCCUGAAGGCUGCUCAGCAGAAGUUUGUGGAGUCACAACAAAACCUAGAGACCCUCGUACCCAAUAAUGAAGGGAAGGAAAUCCUGGUACCGCUCACAAGCUCUAUGUAUGUACCUGGUCACCUGUCUGAUGUAAAAUGUGUCAUGGUGGACAUUGGUACUGGAUAUUAUGUGGAAAAGACAACAGAUGAAGCUAAAGCCUACUUCAAGAGGAAAGUUGAGUUUUGCACCCAACAGAUGGAGAAAAUACAACCCUUACUCCAGGACAGGGCCACAAAAAAACAAGCUGUCAUUGAUGUGAUGAGAGACAAGAUGAUACAGAUGCAGAUGAUGCAAAUGCAACAGGCAGGCCAGGCAUCAAGAGCAUGAUCGUCAUUUAAAAAGUUCUACAUUUAUCAUUCAUUAUCUUGCUACUCUCGUAGACAGGAAUGGUUGCCUUUGAAAUCAUCGUAUGACUGUGUUUUUCUUGUGCACAGUCAAGAGUACAGUUCUAAUAAAAAUUCACUGUUAAGAAUUGUUUCACUAGAUUUAGUUUGGACUUUUUUUCAUUUUUAUCUAUCAUACUGAGAGUCUAUAUACAUGUUUAUAUGCCAUCAACCCUACAAGUCCUGUUAUUGUAAAAGUUGGCAGAACAAAAUUUGUAGCUCUCACAAGAAAGCCCCUCUGGGGGAGAUAUUUCACAUUUUGAUGGGACAGCACUGAUCAAGCGACUCCUUAUGCUUUGAUCAAGUGUACCAAGUCUUUGAAGACCAAUACAAACUUCAAGUAACCACCUUUGGUGGAGAUAUUACACCGUUUGAAGGGGCAUUUUUUCCAUAAGAAAUAUGCCCUGGAGUGGCUUAUGCUUUUAUCAAGUGUAUCAAGUCUUUGCACAUCUAAACCAUCUUUCAAGACUUGUAUGUUAUUUCAGCCGUGUGAAAAUGUAAUUUGGCUGUCACUGCAUACCUCUAGGCUAUUUCUGUUGUAUCUGUAGUAACGAGUCGCGUGGAAUAAAACAUGCAUGAAGACAGCGGCGAGCUGCCAAGUUAAUUGUGUUCUUUUGUGUAGAAAUGUCAGCUGUCAGUGUUGUUUAGAUUAAAGCCAUGGCUACCAUC